AGGAUUUGGUUCAUUUUUUUGUUGCCCUCUUAUCAGAUUCCUUUCUUUUUCUUUCUAUUCUCUCAUUUGUUCGGAAACCUCCGACCCGCCGCUCUUUCUCAGUGCGAUCCCGGAAAUUAUGAGUGAUCACUUGGUGUUAUAUGUGGAUCGUCUGGUGAGGCCGGUGCCCGUGCACCAAGUGGAAUCGGAGGCUGGUCCCUCGACGGAGAUUUCGGCGGAGGAAAAGGAGAAGGAGAAAGAUAAGGAAGUUGUCCAAGGAGGCGAAGAUGACGAGGACGAGGGAGAGGAGGAGGACCCGCUUAUUCAGGCGGUGGAGUGUCGCAUUUGUCAGGAGGAAGAUUCCAUUAAGAAUCUUGAGACUCCUUGUGCCUGCAAUGGCAGCCUCAAGUAUGCGCAUAGGAAGUGCGUGCAGCAUUGGUGCAACGAAAAAGGAGAUAUAGUUUGCGAGAUAUGUCAUCAGCCUUAUCAACCUGAUUACACUGCUGUACCUUGUCGCCGAACUGAAGAAACAGCUAUUGAUAUUGGUAGAGGCUGGACAAUCUCUGGCACCCCUCUGGAUUUGCAUGAUCCUCGCAUUUUGGCCAUUGAGGAGGCAGAACGCCAAUUUUUGGAAACCGGGUAUGAUGAAUAUGCUGCAUCAAGUGCCACUGGAGCUGCCUUCUGCCGUUCAGCUGCUGUAAUUUUAAUGGCACUUCUGCUGUUGCGGCAUGCAGUGACUGUCCCCGAUGCUGAUUCGGAUGAGAACGUGCCUUCAUUUUUCUCUUUCUUCUUGCUUCGAGCCGUCGGCUUUCUGUUACCAUGCUACAUCAUGGCUUGGGCGAUCAGUAUAUUACAACAACGAAGGCAAAGACAGGAAGCAGCGGCGUUGGCCGCAACCCAGGUCGCUUUUGUACUACAAUCUGGGCAAAGUAGGGGCAUGCAUUUUGCCAUAGCACCGGGACCUGCGGCGACUCCCUACCUGGAAAACGUUUAACUUACAGGAAACCACUAUGAAGUCCUGCACUGACAUUAUAUUACGUUGAUAGUUUAUGAGCAAACGAGGACAGUUGCCCCCUAUCAAAGAACUUGUGUAAAAGCCGUUAAUUUAUUU